ACGUGAACGAUGAUUAGAAGACCUUCAUUCUUAGACAAGGACCCGCCACCGGGAUAUAUACCAGGUAUCGGCCGUGGUGCAUCUGGGUUUUCCACUAGGGCUGAUGUUGGAACUGGAAGACUAGCACCGCAACAUCGCCGUGGUGACGGCGACGACGAAGAAGACCAUGAUGGCCGAUACGCCGAUGUUGAUGAGAACGGUAUGCUCAUUGAGGAUCAAAUGGAUAAGGAGGAUGAGGAGGCAGACGAAAUCUACAAAGCUGUGGAAGAAAGACUGAGGUUGAGACAUAAGAAACGAGUACGAUUAGACGAUGCUGAUGACAUUGCCGGCGAGAGAGGUAACCUUGCAAAGAUUUCUAAGCAGUUUGUCGAUCUCAAGAAGGAGCUGAGUACUGUUAGCGAUGAGCAAUGGGCCAACCUCCCAGAAGUUGGAGAUUUGACUAAGAGAAAUAAGAGGUUGAGAGACGAGGCGAACAGGGAAAGGCUCCAAUUUGCUGCGCCAGACUCAUUGAUUGGCGGGCUUGGUGAGGGAGUUGAUAUAAGUAAGCUUACAUCUGAGCGUCAAAAGCUAUUGGGCUCUAAGAUUGAUGCCAACUUCGAACUAGAGGACAACGUUAUCGACCAGGAAGGUUACUUGCAAGAAGUAUCAGCGUUGGAAACCGGGAAUGAAGAAGAGAUGAAACACAUUAAGUCCAUUUUGAGUUCCUACACCAAGGCCGACCCUUCGAAGAGCACAGGUUGGAUCGCCAGAGCACGCUUGGAAGAAUUCAACAAGAAUUUUGAACAGGCGAAGAAGUUGAUUGAACAAGGUUGUGCGAAUUGUCCAAGAGAUGAAGACAUUUGGCUCGAGAGCGUUCGUAUCCAUAGAACAGACCUCAAAUACUGUAAGAUCAUUAUUACUGAAGGUGUCAGAUUCAACCCGAAGUCCGUCAAGUUAUGGUUAAAAGCAGCUGAAUUGGAGCAGGAUGAUUUUAACAAACGCAGGGUUCUGAGAAAGGCCAUAGAGGCAAUCCCAACAUGCGAGGAGCUAUGGUCCAGACUUGUCUCAUUAGAAGACUCUGGCGAUGAAAGCGUCAAGAUACUGACAAAGGCCUUGGAGUUCGUACCAAAAUCUGAAUCGCUCUGGCUUGAACUCAUCGAUGCACAGAGUUAUAAGGAUGCACGCAGCACGCUCAACAAAGCUAGAAAGGCACUGGGUAAUGACAACGUGGAGGUAUGGCUCAAGGCAAUCAGACUGGAGUUUGAACAUGGCGAAGUUUCCAAGGUUGAAAAGCUGAUCAAAAAGGCAUUCAAGGAGUGUUCGCUUACCAGAGAUGAGUGGUAUUCCAAGGCUGUUGAAUUUGAAGACGGAGCGUUGACACACAUUGCAGCGCUGAUUGUUAAGGAGCUGCUGAAUGCCGAAGAUGCUGACUAUUCACUUUGGGUCAGCGAUACGGAGAAGUACUCCAAGCAUGCCCAUGUUGUAAAGGCCAUUUUAGACGAGACAGUCAUCCGCUUCCCCAAGAAGACAUCCAUCUGGCGUAAACUCAUCGAAAUCUACAAGGAGCAUUUCAGCAUGGAUGACCUGUACAACGCAUUCGAACGUGCUCUGGAGUUGAUGCCCAAGACUGCGUUGUUCUGGCUGAUGUACUCAAAGGAAGUGUGGAAAAAUGGUGAUAUUGACAAGGCCCAAUCCGUUCUACACAGGGCUAUUCAAUCCAUCCCUCAUAACGUUGACGUUUGGUGUGCUUUGAUGAAGUUACAGGCCGUGUCACACAGCUUCUUCGCCUUGGACGACACCUUUGAGAGGUCAAAGACCUCUGCACCAAGCGAGCGACUGUGGUUCAAGUUCGUACACGUCUUGAGACAGCGUGGGCUAAACGACAGGGCCCUCACGGUCCUGAACCAGGGACUACAGCAGUACAGUGACAGCUGGAAGAUGUAUCUACAAAAGGCCCAAAUCUUGGAGUCCAGGCACGAUUUAGAAGGCGCCAGACAAGUCCUGUCGCUCGCCACCAGAACCGUUCCCACACGGCCAGAGCUGUGGAUCCAUCUCAGUGACAUUGACCUCAAACUGUCAAACACCACGAGAGCACGCUCGAGCUUAGAUAUCGGCCUUGCCAAGUGCCCGGGUGAUUUGCUCUGGCUUGCCAAGCUGGACUUUGAGACGCUGAACGGGGAUAGGAGUCAGGUGGGCAGCAUGCUGUCAAGGGCUUUAAGGGAGUAUUCGGAGUCAUCGCUCCUGUGGAAAUUCAAGCUGGAGCACUUCACCAAGAGAACGCAGAGGAAAGCCGCAUACCAAGACGCAUUGCAGGCCACUUCGAACCAUGUGCGCAUCCUGCUAGUUAUCGGGGCCAACUUCUACAGAGAGGGCAAGCUGGAUAAGGCCCAGAGGUGGUUUGAGCGAAGCGUUGAGACCGACACGGACUUCGGCGACGCGUACGGGUGGCUUUACAAGACCCUGAAGAUCUCCCUUGCGCAAGGUGUCGCGGCGACCAAGACCACGACCACGACCACGACCACGAGGACCACGACCACGACCACGACCACGACCACGACCACGACCACCAGUGGCGCCUCCAUCGAGUCUCUCGAGAGGAGAUGCCUCCAGGCUGAACCACGCCAUGGUGACGUGUGGCCGGUGGUGUCGAAGGAUAUCGGCGCGCCCUCCGACCCUGUCCAGGUCUUGCACUUGGUUGCUGAACGACUGCACUGAGGGACGUGUGUAUAGUUAUAUGCGUAUAGAUGGCAAAAGAAAGAGCAGCUGUU